AAAUUUUAUUUGGUGAACAUUCUAGAGACAAUAAAACUCAUAAAAUUAUGAAAAUGAGAGUUACAAACCCUUCUUCUUAGAGAUUCAUUUGUGAGGGGAUUUGAAAAGCUUCACUUCAAAAAUGGGGGACAAAGCUCAAAAGUUAACUAUCGGAGGUCGUUUUUCUACGGAGGGAUUUGUCAAUAACAUAACUGAGAAUUUUAAUGGAGUCCAUCUGAAUGAAAAUCCUGAACAAAGACUAUCACCAAGUAACUUAGAGAAGCCUCUGAACAGUAAAAUGGAAUUGACUGCAUCUACUGAGCCAACAACUUCAAAAAGGACAGGUGGAUUGAUUUCGAGUUGGGUGAAAAACAAUUCAAGUGAAAAGGGAGAACAUUCGAAAGAAGUCAAUCUGAAUGAGCAUGACAACGCUGAAAAAGAGAAGGCUCUGAUAGAAUCUAAAAAAUUGAUAGGACGUAAUAUCUACAAAGAAUUUAAAGGAGUUAAAACCCUUGGAACUAUUGUUACCUACAUGACUACCUACAAACUCUAUGAAGUUUUCUACGAAAAUGAUAAUCGUGUGGAGUAUUUGAAUCGUAAUGAAGUUUUGAGCCAUUUGGCUGAAAAUGAUAAGAUAUAUGAGGUUCAACUAGCAGAACCACAAAGCAAUAGUUUAGAAAAGGCAAUCGAAACAAAAAUGGAAAAAGUUGCAUUUGGAGAGCAUGUCACUUCAAAAAGAAAGAUGAAAGAUAGUUCAAUAAUGGUGGGAAAAAGCUUAAGCAAGAAGGGAAAAACUUCAGGUGGUCCUUCUUCCAAAAAAGCUUCCAACAUUGAACUAAUCGAAGUAACCCCACCACUAAAGGAGACUACUAAGAGCAAAAAGAAUGAAACUUCAAAAUCUGCUUGCAAAUUUACCAAAAAAGAACCAGAAACAAAGCCUAGACUAUGGUAUGCUAAGCGAGAAAAUGCGACUAAAGAAGAACCUUAUGAGCCUUACCAAUUCAGAGGACUCUAUAUAUGCAAAGAACUUAAAGGAAUAAGAUCCCUUGGAACUGUUAUUGGCUAUAGUCCUGAAAUGAACAAGCUCAUAAUUGAAUACAAAACUGAUAAUAGCAUAGAGUACAUGACCCAAUUGGAGACUUUGCGUAAUAUGGCAAAACGUGCGGAUAUUAUGUCAUCACCAAGUGCAAGUGGUUCAAAGAAGAAAACUGAUAUGAAAGAGAAAAAUGAUGACACCGGAAAAGCAUCAACUUCAAGAACAUAAAAAAACUACAUCUAGUGGUCUAAAAAAUGAAGAGAAAUAUGCAGAAGAGGAGAAGCUUUGAGAAAAGCUCUUGAAUGUCAAACUAUUUAAUGAUAUUUAUAAAACUAUUGUGUUUCCAAACUGAUUAUACAAGUGUGUUAAAUUUGUUGUUUGUUGAUUCCUUUAAAGUGGAUAUAUACAACUUUAAUUGCUUUAUAUCUUUGCUUGUGGUAUUAUUUGUCUGUUACAGACAUUUCUUCAUCCGAUGGAGAGUUUAUAGACUCUUGUCAUCUCCACUGCAAUUUUGAAUUGCUAUUCAUAAAAGGAAAUGUCCUUUUAUUGUUUAUACUGAUUUAUCUUGAAUAAAAAGAGAUCAUAUUAUAACUUA